AUGGGGGUUUUCAAAGAAAUUGCCGGAGCUAUUUUAGCUCUCUCGCUGCUCGUCUUUAUCACACUUUUUGGCCGAAUACCAACCCCAGUUGGCUACAUAUAUCGUUUUGUCUGGAUAUACUUUCCGAGAUACUUCCGAAACGCAGAUGGAUAUCUCUUUGGUGGACGGUUGCUCAGUUGCUGUGGAAGGACGGGCAAUUAUCUUAUGAACGAAAACCAUCCAUUGGUUUUGAUCUUCUUUGUUGGAUUACUCCUUAUCUCUGAGGCUAUAUUCAUACCUGUAGCCUGGUCAAGGCUGAAUACCAUUCACAAACUUAUGGUCCCUCUUGUCGCCCUUUUACCUUACGCAUUCCUAUAUUUCAGCGUCAACUCAAAAUCCGCCAUUACCCCUGAGAAUCACUCAAAAUAUCUACACGAAUACCCUUAUGAUAAUAUGAUAUUUCAUCCAAAUAUGACAUGUAGGACAUGUCACCGUUUAAAACCUGCUCGCAGCAAGCAUUGCAGCCUCUGCAAAGCUUGUGUUGCACGGCAUGAUCAUCAUUGCGUAUGGUUGCGCACCUGUGUGGGCCGGAAUAAUUACCACUACUUCCUGGGGCUACUCUUAUUCACAUCAGUGCUCCUUUUCUAUGGUUCAUUCCUUGGUUAUUCUAUCAUGGAUGAAGCGUUACAGCGGGCUAUUAGCCCUACGACUACUCACCAUUGGAGCACAGGCAUGCCGAUAAUGGUGUUUUUGGAUCUUUGGCUUUUGGCUCUCACGGAUGAUAUUCAAAUUGGCGCCAUUACUUUACUCUCGUUACUAUGCGCUCCUUUAUCUUCCGCAAUGCUUCUCUACCAUAUUUAUCUUAUAUGGUCUGGGAUGACAACGAAUGAAAGUAGUAAAUGGGGAGAAUGGCGCGACGAUAUUACAGAUGGCUUUGCAUACAAAGCAAAAGCCAAGGAAGUCCGUCCACAACACGACUUCGGUCCGAGAGAUGAAGGUAUCUCCUGGCCUAAACGAAGUGAACAAACUCUUGUCUACACCAACGGCCAACCGCCUAGGGUGGGUUAUACAUUCACUGAUGAACGAAAUUCAAUCAAACAGCCUGACCGAACUGAUGCCCCAAUUGACACAAGAUGGACGCAGGUACAAAGUCUCAAGGAAAUCAUUAACAUAUACGAUUUGGGCUUCUUGGGGAACCUUCGGGAUUCUAUUUCAAGACGGAAUUAG